AUGCCAUUAGAAGGAUAUACGUCACACAGGAGUAAUUUGACAACUAAAGCGGUCACCGAAGUGUUUUACAAAUUAUUUAUGCAGAGAAACUCCGUUUAUAUUCCAGUCGUUCUUGCUGGUGCCUUCGCUGGUGAAAAGGCUGUUGAUUAUGGAGUUAAGAAGCUGUGGGACAUGAACAAUGCCGGGAAAAGGUUUGAGGAUAUUUCAGUAUUCCAGAAGCCAAUUUUGCGCAGUUAG